UGAUUUCGUUGUGAUCCUUCGAGGAAAAAGAGCUGUAAUACCUUAAUCAUUACACAACUCCCUCAAAUCCAACAAAGAAUUUUUUACAAACUCCAAUGCCGAAUCUGUUAUUCCACAUCCUCAUUCACUAAUCACCAUAUACACACAAGAACAAUCCCUUAAAACCCGGAAAAAUUGAAAAGAAAAUGAAAAGAAAGGAAUCUCCAUGAACAGUCCCAAAGAUAAAAAAAAAAAAAAAACUGAAAAGAAAGCUAAAAACAAGAUCCACCUCGAACACCUCUCCCGCUCCUUCGGCCUUCCCUUCUCUCGCUUCUGUCCUGUGAUCCCGUCUCCUGUUCCUUUCCCAAAUAGCAGCAGAGCAGCAGCAGCAGAAGCGGAAGAAUAUCAAAUUAAAGGCAAUCUCAUGAAUUCAAAAUUACCCUGUUCAUGUCAAUGAACGGGUUAUGAAACCCAUUGACCCAAAUCAUGAAAGAAGAAGAACCCAAUUGGUUUUCUAGAUGGGAAGAAGAGCUUCCUUCCCCAGAUGAGCUUAUGCCCCUUUCCCAGACCCUAAUAACCCCUGACCUCGCUCUUGCCUUUGACAUUCGAAACCCUAACCCACAUGCUGCUUCAACACCACCACCACAACUACCUCCUUCCUCUCAACCCCACUCCGCCGAGUUCGAUUCGACUGAGUUAGGAUCAGCCACCGCCGGAGACGAGCCGGCUCGGACACUGAAGCGUCCUCGCUUGGUAUGGACACCGCAGCUCCACAAGAGAUUCGUUGAUGCAGUUGCCCAUCUUGGGAUCAAGAACGCUGUGCCCAAGACGAUAAUGCAGUUGAUGAGUGUUGAUGGGUUGACUCGCGAGAACGUAGCAAGUCACUUGCAGAAAUACAGGCUUUAUCUCAAGCGGAUGCAGGGGCUCUCUGGGGGUAACGGUGGUGGUGGUGCAGCGGGAUUGUCCCCCACUGACGCUGCAACGGAUCACUUGUUUGCGAGCUCGCCGGUGCCAAGGCAGCUUUUGCAUCCAGGGCCACCAGGGUCAGAUCACUUCUUGCCGUUUGUGCCUGUGGCGGCGCUUCAACACCACCAUCAGCAUCAGAUGGCAGCCGCAGCAUUGGCAGCGCAGCAGCAGCAGCAGCAACAGUUUCAUCAGAGGCAGAUGGGGCAUUUUGGGUCGCCGCCCGGAGGGCAAUUCGAUCACGGUUUUUUUCCACGGCAGGCGCCAGGUGUGAAUAGGAUGGGAGCAGCAAUGCCAGCGCAACCACCGGCUUAUGUAGAGGAUUUGGAGUCUGCAACAGGAGGAGUUGGUGGUGGAGGUGGGAGAAAGGUUCUUACUCUGUUUCCUACUGGGGAUGAUUGAAAGCCGUUGGUAAUUAUUGCCUUUUUCUUUCGGUUCCUUGUUACAAGGGUAUUGUGGAAUUUACUUGAGUUUGGAAAAUUGGUUGGGGGUGUGGAGGGGCUAAUUGGGUUUUGUGUGUGUGUGAUAGAUCAAUUUAGGGUUUAGCUGCUGCUGCUACUGCUGUUGUUGUUGUUGUUGUUGUUGUUGUUGUUGUUGUUGUUGUUGUUGGUUAUAGAGAUAGGUAUCAGGAUGCCAUGUAAGUCAAAAUUCCCUCUCCAGAUCCUAUGAAUUGCCAAUGCCUGCACUUCUGUUUGGUUCAGAUUCUGGGUACCUUAAACGAUUACAGUAGGUGUUUAAUGUCAUUCUAGAGAUUUAGUUUCAUCCCCAGGUAGGUUGUAUGUAGUUUAAUUUUAUACCUUCAUUUAAUUUGUUAUUAGUAGGGAGAGGGAUUUGACUCAUGGCAUUCUUUCCAAGUUUUGUAAACUGUGUGGUGCGGUAACUAGGGGGCUGGACUCUAUAUUAGGUGGUCGGUGGUGGUUGGGAAAUUUAUUAAAAUAUCAAGUGUAUUUCAAUGCUGGAAGAACCUCAAAUGUAAUAUGAAUUUCUAAUAUUAUCAGUUUAUUCAA